AGUUUAACAAAAUAGUGAAAUAUAUUUCUUAAAUGACAACAUCUAUGCAACUGAAAGUUUCAAGAAGAGCAAGUCGUGUUUCAGCGAGUCCCAGUCGUGUUUCGACAGCAAGAAGUGUUUCUUCUUCGAAAAAUCGUUUCGAUCGCUUGAGUUCGAAAAGUCCUAAUCCAUUGCAAUUCACACCAGUUGCAUUUUCGCGUAUAAAAUUUUUCCCAUACAAUUUGGAUGAAUUUCAACAACUUUCACAAAAAUCACCAAAAUCGAAAGUGUCAACGUCGAUUCCAGAACAUGAAUUAUAUGUGAAUUUAAAUUGUUCAAUACGUAUCCUAAUGGAAUAUGUUCGAAAUGAGGCAAAUAUUCCAGAAACAGUGAAUUUUGAUUUAUUUGAUGAAAUGGGUAAUAUGAAACUUACAUUUAAUUUACCAGCGAAUACAAGCGCAAACACCAUAUUAUUACAAAAUGCUGUAUAUUUUAUUGUGGUUAUUCCUAAACAUGAACCAGGCCUUUCAAUGAAACCAUACAUUUUAAUAAAUCGUGGCGCACGUUUGAAUGCUGAUUAUAUGAAUCGUGUUCGACGUCAAAUUCAAUCUAAAAAAUACGCUAAAUUUGCUUCAGCAUCGUAA